GAGAUUUAGACGGCCCUUUGCUUUUUCGUUUGAUUUAGUUUUGGGUCGGUUUUCUGUUUUUUUUUUCCUCCCUUUGCAUUCUCCACGAUCAUUCUCACUACGAACACUGAACAAGAGAGAAAGAGAUCACGGUUAUUAUUUUGGUUUUUGUUCCCCGAAGCACUUGACACACUUCCCAAAAUCGAAAGACAUGCGCGAUGGUAACAAAAGCACAAUUUUUCUGUUUUUUCUACGAUUUCAAAUCGUAAUUAAAGUCCAACCGGAGAUGCUCCAGUGCAUUUCGAUCGAAGGAAUCCCCUAGGAAAUUUUGAUCGAAACAGCAGUUAGAUAUUUAAAUGUCAAACGAUCGUUUGAAAUAGCGUCAGUAGUAAUUACGAGCACAACUUAAUACGUAUGUUUUAUAAGUUAAAAAAAGACCCUGAAAAAUGUGACCAUCAGCUGUGUUUACCAAGCAAGUUAUCGGUUAAUUCGUUGUUUUUAUUUCUAUUUACGUCGGUGUUGUUUUCACUGUCCAGUGAAUGUUGGUGAAAGUGUGACACUGUGUAAUUGUUUUUACCGUUUAUUCUUUCUCAGCAGUUUAAGCAUUGUUGUGAGGUGUUGUUUUAGUUGCACUGUAAGGUCUUUAUUGUGUAGCUUAAAGUGUGAAGUUAACCACCAAAAUAAAGUGAUCAACCAGAGCAGAUCGUGUUGUUACAACGUUACUGGUUUUAUCCCCUAUCGUUCAGAAAACAAUUGCUAACACCAGGGACAUGGAUUGAUCAAAAUUCUCCGAAGCAAGGAGGUUCUCUUUCGUAGCAGUGUGACCCUGUCGGAAGUAAUUAUUUAUUCUUUCCUACACUAAACAUCAAUCAACAUUCGAGCUCGAUUGAGAACGGCAGCGAAGAACAUUCCCUGGACAAGAUUGUCCUACGUACAUACGAUACAGAAAAGGUUAAAGUUGGAUUGGUACGCUAAAGUGCACACUCCAGAACCAUCGUGGCUGCAAGAUGAAAGACGUCGAGUUUCAAGACAUCGAAUACGCGGUCAACGUACGCAAAAGUUUCCUAAGUGAAAGUCACAAACGGACGAUCCUCAAAGGUGUCAGUGGUGUUUUCCGGCAUGGACAAUUAACAGCAAUUAUGGGUCCCUCCGGGGCUGGCAAAAGUAGUCUACUGAACGCAAUCUCCGGCUAUCGAAAAUCGGGCGUUCAGGGUACGGUACAUCUGAACAAGAAGGCAUCCUGCUACAUCACACAGGAGGAUCAUCACCAACCGAUGCUGACGGUGGAAGAGUUGAUGGGGAUCGCGUGCAAGCUAAAAAUUAAGGACCAGUCCGACUGUCAGGAAACGAUCACCGAAGUACUGUCCAGCUUGAACCUUAACCAUCGGCGCAAUGUAACGGCCGAGCGACUGAGUGGUGGCGAACGGAAACGGCUCUCGAUCGCAUUGGAGAUGGUUGCCAAUCCGUCCGUCUUUUUCUUGGACGAGCCGACGAGCGGGUUGGAUGAGGUAACGGCAGCAAACUGCGUGCGAUUACUGCGAGAUUUGGCCCGUCAAGAUCGGACAGUGGUCUGCACGAUCCAUCAGCCUUCGGCGAGUAUUUUCGCGCUGUUCGAUCACAUUUACGUGAUUGCUCGGGGAGAGUGCGUGUACCAGGGUAAUCCAAAGGCGCUCGUUCCAUUCCUGGCUCACCUGAACAUCGAAUGUCCACGGCACUACAAUCCAGCUGACUUUAUUAUUGAAAUCUGUGAUAGUGACACCCAGGAACUCAUUCCAACACUUGCCAACGCGAUGCAGAACGGGAAAUCCAUAUGCUCGGAACAUCAGCAAGCCGGAGCAAUUGGAGCCGGUGGUACUGCAUCCGGACCGACCUCGAUCUCCUCCGACCACGAGCCAUCCUCGCUCGAGCCGGUCAGUGAGUUUGUGCUGAAACCGACUGUCACCUCCAUGAUACUGGACCGGCAAGGACCGCACGUUAGUACGCUUGUGCAGAAGAUGAAACAGAUCACACGCUUCUUUCACAACCGGCAUGCCGUGUCCGGGUUCGUACAGUUUUGGGUGCUGUUUCGAUUGAUGUGGACCAAAAUCAUUCGUAACCGGACGGUGCUCUGGAUUCAGCUGAUACAUCACAUAGCGUGUGGAAUUUUCAUUGGUUUAAUAUUUUUGAAUGCCGCCAACGACGGAGCACGCAUGUUCGAUCACCUGAAGUUCUGUCUCGGAGUGUGCUUCUUCUUUUGCUAUACACAAGUUAUGGUUCCAAUUUUAAGCUAUCCACGUGAGGUAAAGUUGGUAAAGAAGGAAUGCUUCAAUCGCUGGUAUGGUCUAUUUCCUUACUAUCUUGCCCUGACAUUAUCGCGGCUGCCCGUACAGCUACUGCUCAAUAUUGUGUUCACCAUGCUGGUCUACUGGCUGUCCGGUUUGCCACCAGAGUUCUUCCGCUACUGUUUGUUCGCGCUCGUCGGCAUCAUUGUAUCGCUGUGUGCGGAAGGAUUCGGUCUCAUGAUCGGUGCCACUUUCAAUGUGAUGAACGGUUCCGCCAUUGGUCCGCUAACGAUUGCGCCCUUCCUUGGGCUGGCCAUUUAUGGGUUCGACUUUGCGCCCCAAAUCCCCAUGCUGAUGCAAUGGCUAAUGCGCGUAUCAUUCAUCCGUGGCGGUGUCGUGUCCGUCGUGCUGGUUGUGUUCGGUUACAAUCGGGCCCGACUAGAGUGCAACGAGAUGUACUGCCACUUUGACGAUCCAAAGGUUCUGCUGCAUUACGUGCGCAUCGAUAACACCACACUGUUGUUCGAGCUAAGCAUUCUGAUCUCGAUGACGCUCUUCUAUCGGUUGGUGUGUUACCUGAGCCUCCGGAGACGUUUCUACAAGUAGAAGAGGAAAACUUUAAGGGGAAAACCAAGGGAAAACGACACUCCUCACGGUGCCUUCGCAUGAACCCACUGAUGUUAAACAAUUAUGUGAUCCUGUCGAUGCCGCUUGUUCGUAUCGAGAGUUUUGUUUUUAGUGUAGCAACGUAUCUUCUCAUGUAUAGACGGGGGCAUGUUCUUCUUAAAAUUUGAUAUCUAUUUCGGUUUUUAGAAUGACUACAAACACUGACAAUAACGUAUAACAAGACUUGAUCUUCAGUUCCAUGUGGGGUAGAAUAAGACUUUUUUUAAAUUUUCAUAGAUCUUACUACCCAUAGGGAAGGGCUUUUACAAGACAAGAAUCCAAAGUACUAAUGACAGGAUAGGGUCUCUCUGGAUGGGUGACGUUGUGAGUUAUCUCUGUAUUGGGUGGAAUGUUUAAUGCCACAAAAGAAAAACAGUGAAUCAGCUACCGGUACAGAAUGUAAUGCAUCACAACAUUUCCAUUAGCUUGCUAGAGGAUAAAGGAGUUCUAUUAAAUUUAGAAGUAGAAGCCGAGGUUCUGCGGUCCUGCAUAGGUAGUGUUUGUUUUAUUUCAGUUAGGCUUAAGCUGUGCAAGUAUACAGACUUACCAUUUGAAUGUAUUGUUAAGCAGUGGAUGGUAAGGUUAAACAACAACACACAACUAGUGAUGAUAUUUUUUUUACAAGGAAAACGAAGAAAAACAAAUUGUACUUACAAAAAUUGAGACACAAAUAAAUGAUUGAUUGGUCACUUUUUCGACUGUUAGAAUUUA